AUGUCUUCUACCGCCACCACCACGACCGAGCGGCCAGAUUCAUCAGGAAAGCCCGUGCGAUGGCGGUCGGCCUGUAACCAAUGCCAUGCAGCAAAGGUACGAUGCAGCGGCGAAAGAACCGGCUGCACUCGCUGUAGCAACCUGCAGUAUGAGUGUGUCUAUGCAGUAUCCAGGGUCGGGAAGGUACCAGGAAUCCGAGCUCGAGCAAAUAAGCCAUCUCGGGCGAACUCGACGGAGAAAACUGUCCAAACCCCGCGAUCUGAAUCUGCAAUGGUGCUGCCACAAGACGCCGAAGGCGACACAGACGCGCAGACCACCACCCAAACCACGGCCACCGAGCCUGACGAGCCCAAUUCCCGUCACGAAUUUGGUGACAAACCAAACGCGGCUGACGCUGGUCAAUUCUUUGACGCAAACACCCCCAAGUCCCCUGUAGGGAUGUAUACGGACUGGACCAAUCCUUCUACCGACAAGUCCCUCAAUCCGUUUGAUUCCGCAGACCUUUUCAUUUUACCCAGUCAAUUGAUGUCUUCCGAACACGACCCUAGUCGGUCGUUCCCGGUGCCACAAUGCCGGAAUGCUUCCCUAGACCCUACCAGAAUCUCCCCGGAAUUAGAUCUACCCGACUUAGAUUCUCCACAAUCAGGAUUUUUCACUAAGAAGAGGCGUUCCGUCCACCUUGAUCCUUCAAGGUCCUACCCGAGCCGUUCCGCGCUCCAGUAUACUGAAAGUGUACCUGUGACGGAGUGUGACAGCGAGUUUACAAGUGGAAGACUUCGUCAACAACAAUACAACUAUCGAAGCUGGACUAUCCUAAGUUGUAACCGAAUAGUGGAGUUUCUAGAACAUCACAUUCAGAGAGGUGUUAUCGCGCUGGACGUGGUCAUGCAUACCAACAAAGUCACCCUUGCAGAAAUCUCACGGCUCCUGAGUCAAGGUGCACACAAGGAACGAUCCAACUGCGCCAUGUUACUUCUCAUUGCCAUAGAACAAAUCGUCACUCUUUUUGAACGCAGUGUGGGGCAGGACCCCUCGGACAGCGAUCGUGCUAGCGUCAUAGGCAGUAUGGGAGGUCUCACAAAUAUUGGAGCCUGCAAAUCCCUAUCUCGCGGCAACAGCGGUGGAAACGUUCUGCCUAAUCUCCGGUUCGGGUCGUUUCAAAUCAGCCAGGAUGAACAACUGGAACUUCGGUCUUAUUUACUUCAACGUGAGCUACAGCGGUGUCUACAAGUUCUCACCACUCUUCGGGAUUCCAUUACCCUAGAACCCAAUCCCUGCACAAAGCUAGAGGAGCGUGUGGUCAAGCUAUCUUCCACCCUCUAA